UGAAGGGGAAAGGGUAAGCCAGGCAUUAGGCAUUACAGAGGGACAGAAGAAGGGGGGAAAGCUCAUAGUUUUAUAGCCCUAAAACCUCAAAACCAAAACAAAAACCAACCGAGAAUCAAAAGACUUUGUCAAACGAUGACGUGACAUUCAUCCAUUCAUCCCCCAUUCCAGAUCCCCCUCACUACUUCAUCGACACUCCUAACUCAUCGCAUAAUUCUCUUAAUUUUCUCUCUCUUCUUUAAAAAAAAUCCGAUUUCUGCAUCUGGGUUUUUCCUCUUCUUUUUUUUUAAAUUAUGGGCAUCUGUUAUAAUAGGGGAAUUAUGAAUCAAUUGUGAGAUUCUGUGAGUGGUGGGAGUUUGGGUUUUCUCUAAUUUGCCUUGUUAAUUAUAUAAUACAAAAAGAAAAGGUGAUAAAUUGAUCAUCAAUAAAGAGACAAUAAUUAGUUUUAAUAACUUAGAGAAAAAAUGGGGAAUGUGAAUGGAAGAGAAGAUGGGAGUAACAGUCCAUCUGGGUUUGAAGAAGAAGAAAAGGGUAACAGUAUUCUCGAAGCUUUGGCUGCACCCAUGGGUCACUCACCCCCUCACAGUCCUACAUCCACCCACUCACCUCUCAUGUUUACUCCUCAGGUUCCAGUUCUUCCUUUACAGAGACCUGAUGAGAUGCACACAUCAAGCCCGUCAUGGUUGCAUAGUACAAUAGGAUAUGAGGAUGGCUUCCCCGAGAAGGGAAUUCCAACAAUGAUUACAUGGAACUACGGUGGCAAAGAAGUUGCUGUUGAGGGAUCAUGGGAUAACUGGAAGACAAGAAUUCCUUUGCAGAGAUGUGGAAAAGACUUCACUAUUAUGAAAGUGUUACCAUCAGGUGUCUACCAGUAUAGGUUCAUUGUUGAUGGACAGUGGAGGUAUUCACCUGACUUGCCAUGGGUUCAAGAUGGUGUUGGCAAUGCUAACAAUGUUUUGGACUUGCAGGAUUAUGUUCCAGAAGAUAUCGGGAGUAUAUCUAGUUUUGAACCCCCUCAGUCCCCCGACUCAAGCUACAGUAACUUGCCGCUCGGAGCUGAAGAUUUUGCUAAGGAACCACAGCUCGUUCCUCCGCACCUACAACUGCCACUCCUCAAUCUGCCUACAUCUCACAUGGAGAUACCACCUCCUCUGUCAAGACCAAAGCAUGUAAUCCUCAAUCAUCUGUAUAUUCAAAAGGGGAAGAACGGCCAGCCCGUGGUAGCACUCGGUUCGACUCAUCGAUUUCGGGCCAAGUAUGUUACUGUGGUGCUGUACAAACCCGUGCAGCGGUAGUAUUAGAUGGGUGUCCCUCUAUCGAAUCCUGUAGUCUGGUGAUCACAUGAUUGUGGUUGAUAUAAUUUAUCGGUGAGUAUAGAUGUUGUGCCGUAGUGGACAUUUUAACUAUGGCCUAGGAAGGAAUCGCCAUUUGGAAACUUCUAAACAUUCUGAUCUUGUUUCCUUGCUUUAUAUGUAAGUAUUCGGGUCCCCUGAAAUUUGAAGA